CACCUACCUGGAGCUUGAAGGCCUGUUGACGAUCUACACCGCAGGGUGGAUGUAUAUCUCUACCUAUCUGCCCAAACCGCCCAUAUCUACACAAAAGGGGAACAGAUAUGCCUCGCAAACGUGACCCAAAGAGUGAAGGGGAACUCGGUUCCCCCCUGAACGGAUCAGAGUCAGAUCCACACCGAGCGCCGAAGAAGUUCAAAUCGGCCCUCGGCACCGGCGAUAGCGAUGGCCUGCCCUGUGGUCUGGACCAAUUCCGGACAUAUCCGAUCCACAAGGUCAAUCGACUCUUGGAGCCAGGCCCGAUCCUGCUCGUGGCGACCGGCUCCUUGGCCAACAAGACGCACAACAUAAUGACAAUGGGGUUCCACAUGAUGAUCCAGCACGAAGAGCCAACACUGGUCGGGGCCUGCAUUGGGCCGUGGGACAAGAGCUAUGAUAAUCUAAAGAGGACGGGCGAAUGUGUGCUCGCCGUUCCGGCUGUGGAGAUGUUGGAGAAGGUCGUUGACAUUGGCAAUUGCAGUGGGGAGGAUGUUGAUAAGUGGGAGACUUUCGGGGUAAACCCGGUGCCGGCGCCGGAUCCUGCCUUGGAUUCUGGGUCUGGGGAUGGAAAAGGGGCAGAGGAAGGAAGAGCACGGGCACCGUCAGUUGGAGGAGAGGGGGUGAUUGCCAACAUCCAAUGUACGGUCCAGGAUCGAGCGUUGGUGGCGAAAUACAACUUGUGGGUAUUGAGGGUGGUUGGAGCAUGGAUCAAUAAAGACAUGGAUUUGGAAUAUGGGCAGGGAAACCAGACGCCAGGAAACGAUAGCGAUCCUGUUGGUGGUGGCAAACCAAGGAAGAGGGAAAUGAAGAUGGCUCACCAUCGCGGAGAUGGAAGGUUUGUGGUUGACGGCAAGGAGGUCGACCUGAGGGACAGAAUGGUCAAGUGGAAGGAGUUUCAGGGUUAGACUUGCCCUGCCCAGCCCUGGAUUGUGACCUGCAGCUGGCUGUAACAGAUCUCUGUAUGCUGUUUCAUGUCAUGUACCUGUGUGAACAAAUAUGCUGUUGGUAAGCAGACACUAGAGAUUGGAGGUAGUGAGACAGUCGUAACAACGCUUUUGCCUAUCUGAUCCUAGUCAGUACGACCGAAGACUCUGCCCUGUGGAUAGCAUCAUGCUUAAUUUGAGGUUGCAGCAAACACGGGCGAGUCAGCAACAAACGCUGAACCAACAUGUUGGUUCCACAUGGUUCCUGUUGGUGGCUGCUCCUGUUGCACAGCGCGCGUAAAAGUUGGUACCCAGGUGAAGGAGCAUCGAUAUCGCUGCGGAUGCAGUACCGCAGUGUGAUGAUGCAGCAUGCUGGGCAACAAUGACGACAUUUCUGCCUACGUGAGGGGUUCCCG